AUGGGUUCAAAUAUAUUUAGUCGAUCGCUGAUCGCACCUCUCCGUAGUCCAGGCAGAACACCAAACAAUUGGUAUGCGGAACUCGAACAGUGUGUGAAUAGAAAAUCCGAUGCUGUUCCAGUAUGUGUGUCAAACAUCCUGAAGACAAACAUCACCAUUGUGGUGAAUCAUGAGGAAGGAGACAACUGGUUAUUUUGCACUGUGCCGUUUUAUGGGAAGCGCCGUUUCAUGGAGGAUACCAAUCGCGAAAUCGACAACAGACGAACACUCCCUGAAAUUAUUUUUUCAAUUUGGACAACGUGUCGAAUUAUUAAACUGCGAUGGACAAAUAAGAGUUUCUCACAGUUUGUGGACGUCGUCUCAGCGUUAUCGUCAAUCAAGACGUAUUUUUGCUACGGUGAUGAGAGAGUGUGUCCGGGAUAUGUUAUUCUGAAACUGGAUGAAGAUCAAUCAAAUGUUCCGAUUUUUUAUGUAAUGUAUUCAUGUACCCAUUUGGCUAUUCUGAAACUUAUUGGAUUUAAUUGA